ACUACCGAUAACAAACCAAAAGCUAAGAGAAAAACAAGUUAGAGAGCAACCAACUUUCGGGCAAUCAUUAAAGACUUCACGGAUAUGCAUCAUUGAGGAACGACGACGACGACUGUUGUUGCAAGCGACAAGGGGCUUUUGUAUUAACCCAAUCUCCAAUCCCGAUAAAUUAGUAAUUGGGCUCAACUACUAGAACUAAGAUGGUAAUUGAUCGGUGGAAAAAAGGCGGGUUAAGGAUGGAACGUUGAUGAAACAUCCCACUCACAUUUUUUGUUGGUGGGAAAGCAGUAACAUGCGUGGUUGUUGUAGAGUUGAUCUUAAGCAGUCCAGAACCUAGAAUUGGAAAAAAAAAAAAAAAAAAAAAAAACUCGUGUUAGGAAUUUUUUUGUUAUUUAAACUUUUGAACUUGGACAACUCAAAACUAAGACUUUAAUUCAAAAUUCAUCCGAGUCCAAAAAAAUCCGUUAUUUUUAACUUAAAACCACGAGUUUGGGUCAAAAAAAUUAUUCUUAACUUGGGGCAACAGUGCAACAUAAUGAUUUGGCCCAAAACAUGACAUAGUUCUCCUUGAUAGAUGUAUAGGAGAAGUAGAACACUAGAACUAGUAUGUUCCAUCCAUCUGCAAUUCAAUUCGGGAAAGCUGAAAGCUUCAAACCCUACACCAACUAAAGAAACCCGAUCCGGGGAGUAUGGUUUCCAUCUCCUUUCCAGGAUGAACUUAAUUACAGUAUCUCUUCUCUACGAUUGAUUAAUUGAUGAUUGCUGAUACUUGUUAGAUCGAUUUCUGGGAAAUAGAAGAGCGAGGGAGUAUUGAACUUGUUUCAAACGUUGAGGUAAUUCUCUGAUUUCAUUUAUUACUGAUUGCACACACAAUGUGUUUGUCAAUUGUUCCCAACCCCAGUCAUUUUACCUUUUCUUUUAUAAUAUGAGCUCAAUUAUUAAUAUGAUUGGAUUAUGUAUAUAAAAUAUACUUCGUAGUUGUUGGAUUUUGUUUUUGGGUUUCAGUCAAUUUAAUUUGAUGUAAACUAUAAUUGUGAUUGUUUCUAGUUGAAGUUAACAAUUUGAGGUUAGAAGUAGUUAGUAGAGUAGUAGUUGUCUCUAGUUGAGUAGUUUCUGAAUUCAUAAUCCGCAAUAACGUCGUCAUCUUUCUCAUUCUUGUUUGUUGCUGCAAUAGUGCAAGCUCAUACUGUCAUACAUAAUCAACCUUAUUUCCCUUUUGGAUUUAGAUCAUUUCUUUUGAGGAUUAAUACAGUUUCCUGGAAGUUGUUGGUGCCAACGUGUAAGCUAGGUAGGUGUCACACUCACUGUAUUAGAAAUGAGAUACUCCCAUUUUAUUAUUAUUCUUGUAAAUUAACAACUCCUUUCCCGCCCAAGCUGAUGUUACCAUCAAUUAAUGUCAACAUGUUGAAAAUUUUGAACAUUGAUUAGCUAAUGGGUGAAACUUAUAGCUGACCAAUUCCAUCCCCAUCCCUUUUUGUAAAUAAAAUUAUUGAUUAUUGAAUGAAUCUAUUUCUUGCUUGUUUAUGCACCUCAGCUCUCCCCUUGUAUUCUAUGGGUUCCUUUUCAAUUAUUCCCACCACCUUUAUUUUCAUUUCUUUGAUCCCUGCUAUUUUUGGCUCUUCCUACCUCAUCACCCCUAACUAUUCCGUUUCAUACCUCCAUUCUGUCGAGGAUUAUGGUGCUUUUCUGUAUUCACAAAACCAAACUUUCAAGGCAGCUCUUUACAAUCCAGGCAAUCAACAAACCAACUUCUACUUAUGUGUCAUACAUGUUGCAUCCCACACCGUUAUUUGGUCAGCAAAUCGUGAUGCUCCGGUAUCAAAUUCCGGUAAGAUGCUUCUUUCUCCUGAAGGUAUAACAGUCUCUGAUCAAAAUGGUAAUAGAAAAUGGUCAACUCCACGAUUGAUUUCAUCCGUGGUUGCUCUGAUUCUUACUGAUAUUGGUAAUCUCGUGUUGCUUGAUCAAAAUAAUGCUUCUCUUUGGGAGAGUUUUCAUUCUCCAACUGAUACUGUGGUGAUGGGCCAGUCAUUACCAGUUGGGACCUCAUUGAUCAGCUCAGUAUCAAAUUCAGAUGAUGACCUCUCCAGUGGAAAUUAUAGUCUUUCAGUUACCACCUCGGAUACAAUCCUGCAAUGGGGUGGAUCAACCUAUUGGAAGCUGUCUAUGGAUCCUAAUGCACAUAGGAACUCCAAUUAUGUAGUGGAAUAUCUAUUGGUGGAUGCUAAGGGUCUUUAUCUUUUUGCUCGUAAUGGAUCAAUUAUUGUGCUCCAAGUUAACUUUUUUCCCUCUGAAUUCCGGAUUGCUAAGGUGAAUCCAAAUGGCCAACUCAUAAUCCGUAGCUAUUCAGGUAGAGUUUGGAACCAAGAUUUUGUGUGGCCACGUGACAGUUGUGGAAUCCCGUAUAUUUGUGGCGCUAUUAAGUUGUGCAGUGCUGAUGGGGAAUCAAGUGGCCCUGUUUGCUCAUGCCCCUCUGGGUUCAUUCCUGAGCAUCAAGCAAGUGGUUGCAUUCCAAGUGACACCUCUUUAUCCUUACCACUUUCUUGUGAUUCUUCUCAUAAUCAAACUUCAGAAAAUUCUCAGAACAUCUCAUAUCAAGGUUUGGGGGUUGGCAAGUACUAUUUUGCUAUCAGAUUUUCAGAUCCCAUCAAAUAUGGAAUAAACUCGUCCAUGUGUCAGAACUUUUGCUCCAAGGACUGUUCGUGCAUGGGAUUUUUCCACAGGAACUCAACGGGUUCAUGUUUCUUGAUUCAUAACCACUUGGGAUCAUUUAUGUCAAAUGUGGUUGGUGGAAGUGAUCUAUUGGGUUACAUUAAAAUCGUAGAUGCACUUUAUGCAACAGAAGAUAAUGCGGAUGAUUCUAAUGGUCGAAGGCAGGUAAUUACGUUGGUUGCUUUGAUUAUCUUUCCUUUUGUUGGACUCCUUGUGGCUGCUGGGUUAUGCCUUCGUUGGUGGAGAAAUUGGAUGAAGUCCAAAGUUGGACUGGAAAAAUCAGGAAACCUAAGUUCUCUUUCUUCAGGAGACUUAGAGGCCUUCUCUAUACCUGGACUACCUGUGAGAUAUGAUUAUGAAGAAUUGAGGGAAGCAACUGAUAAUUUCAGUACCCAAAUUGGUUCGGGGGGUUUUGGUGCGGUAUAUAAAGGAAAAUUACCAGAUAAAAGUGUUGUGGCUGUGAAGAAAAUAACCAAUCUGGGGGUUGAAGGGAAGAGGGAGUUCUGCACAGAGAUAGCGGUCAUUGGAAAUAUUCGGCAUGUGAAUUUGGUAAAGCUGAAAGGCUAUUGUGUUGAAGGGAAUCAGCGUUUAUUGGUUUAUGAGUACAUGAACCAUGGAUCCAUGGACCGGACUCUAUUUGGCAACGGUCCUGUAUUGGAAUGGCAGGAGAGGGUUGAUAUUGCUCUUGGAACAGCACAUGCCCUUGCUUAUUUGCACAGCGGUUGUGAACGCAAGAUAAUUCAUUGUGAUGUGAAGCCAGAAAAUAUCCUUUUGCACGAUCAUUUUCAACCAAAGGUAUCUGAUUUCGGGCUGUCAAAGCUAUUAAACCCAGAGCAAUCAAGUCAUUUUACAACAAUGAGAGGCACCCGGGGAUAUCUUGCACCAGAGUGGCUUACUAGCUCUGGCAUAUCAGAGAAAACAGAUGUUUACAGUUAUGGAAUGGUACUGUUAGAACUUGUGAGUGGAAGGAAAAACUGCUCACUGCAGCCAAUGCAACAAAGUCAUAGCCUUGAUGAUGAUAAUAGUUUUGGUAUCAGUUCAUCAACAUCAUCGAAUUCAGGAGUUGUGUAUUUUCCUAUGCUUGCAUUAGAGAUGCAUGAACAGGGUAGGUAUUUGGAGCUUGCUGAUCUGAGGCUAGAGGGUCGUGUGACAAGUGAAGAGGUUCAAAAGUUAGUUUGUAUUGCUUUGUGUUGUGCUCAUGAGGAUCCUGGGCUGAGGCCAAGCAUGGGGUCUGUUGUCGGAAUGCUUGAAGGAAGGAUAUCAUUAGGUCAUCCAAGAUUAGAAGCUUUGAAUUUUCUGCGAUUUUAUGGACGUCGCUUUGCUGAACCUUGUGUGGUAGGAAAUGUUGGAGAACAAAGUGAUAGAUAUCAUCAGCUUAAUGCCUCACAGAGCGCAAGUGAACAUAGUAUUCUUUCUUACACUUCAUCUCAGCAGGUUUCAGGUCCGCGGUAAUGUCCACGGCUAAGCGUAACCUACUAUUAUUGUUAUGUAAUUAAUAUAGUGUCUCCUGUAAAUUACAAUGAGCAGCUUAAGGCAGAGUUUGGGGAUUGAUAUAUACAGAGCUGUAUCCUUGUCAUAAUGUUUUGAAAGUAGCAUGUAAAUGAUCGUUUCUUUAUAAGACAUUGUUGCAUACAUGAUA